CGUUAUGAUAUAUACCCAAUAUGUGUUCUAGUUAAUAAAUGUGAAACAAAAGAAGAUGAUUUCCCAGGUACUAUAAGAACACUUGUAGUGUUUAUCCAAAGACCAGCUUGAAGAUCAUUUUGAGCUCGAUCUUCGCCAUGGAAAUUGUUUGAAAAGAAUGGCAGAUGGAAGGGCUGAAAUUGCACUGACAAUAGAAAGCAAUCCAACAGUGACUGAGAAUGAAAGGGCUGAAAUUGAACAGACAGUAGAAGAAACCGAUCCAACAGUGACCGAGGAUGCAUCACUUUCCUUAUAUUUAAGAUGCCCUUAUACAAAGGAGGCAAUUAAUGAGUACUACAUGCAAUGUGUGCCUCUAUACAACGCUGCAAUGGAAGGAGUCUGGGAAGCAGCCAAUUCCAUCAUCAAAAAACAUCCGACAGUGGUCCGAGCUCGAAUCACUGAGGGAUGGGAAACAGCACUCCACAUUGCCACCACAAGAAAACACAUCCAUUUUGUGAAGGAACUGGUUGCCAAGAUGACUCAAUCAGAGUUAGAAAUGACUAAUAAAAAAGGAUGCACUGCCCUCUGCUUUGCCGCUUUAGACGGCACGGUGGCUAUUGCGAAGGUGAUGGUCGACAAAAAUGACAAGCUACCGGACAUAUGCGGCAACAAUGGAGUGAAUCCUCUCUAUAUGGCUGCUCUAUCAGGGAAGAGAGACAUGGUUCAGUUUCUUUAUGAGCGUACUAAAGUUAGAGAUUGGAAUUGGUGUGAGAAGGUUAAGCUUCUCAAUACUUGUAUCAGUACUUGCUUGCUGGAUACAGCGUUGACGUUGAUAGACGAGUACCCAACAUUAACGGUGGCUAAAGAUCGUAAUAGUGAGACAGCAUUACACGUGCUAGCUCGUAAGCCUUCUAUUUUUGCUGCCAGAAAUCACCCUGGAAUAUGGAGCAGUUUCAUCAAAUGUAAAAAUUCAACGCAAACUCUUGCACUUAAGCUAACAGACUGCCUCAUAAAAAACAUUUUCCAUCUUGAUAACCUGGACAUCACAAACAUAAUCGAAGAGGCACCAAAACUACUGUUUGCGGCCGCGUAUUCGGGAAAUACAGAGUUCUUGAUUAGGCUUCUGCAAAGUUUUCCGGACCUCAUAUGGACAUCCGAUCAAGAAAAUCAAACCAUAUUCCAUGUCGCGGUUCGAAAGCGGGAUGAGAAAAUCUUCAAGCUGCUACACGAGAUUGGCUCGGCUGGAAAAGUGAUAGCUACCAAAAGGGACAUGGAUGACAAUAACAUGCUGCACUUAGCAGCUAACUUUGCACCUCCAUGUAACAUAUCAGGAGCUGCCCUUCAGAUGCAAAAUGAGAUAUUAUGGUUCAAGGAGGUGGAGAAGAAUGUGCAACCUUUAUAUAUAGAAAUGAAAAAUUCAGAUGGCAAAACUCCGCAAGAUUUAUUCACUGAAAACCACAAAGAGCUGAUCAAGGAAGCAAAACAAUGGAUGAAAGACAUAGCCAAUUCAUCCAUCAUUUUCGCAACACUAAUUGCCACCGUAAUUUUCACAGCAGCCUUCACUGUACCGAGCGAUACCAACAAUAAAUCUGAUGUCCCAAUUUCCCUCAAAAAAAGGCUCUUUGGGGUGCUUUCAAUCUCAGAAGGAGUGGCACUAUCUUUCUCAACAAUCUCAAUUCUGAUGUUCUUGUCCAUCCUCUCAUCGCGCUAUGCAGAAAGCGACUUUUUGAGGUCGCUUCCGCUCAAGCUGGUGCUGGGAAUGAUGACUCUGUUCAUCUCGAUGGCGGCGAUGAUGGUAGCAUUUUGCACAACAUUCUUUUUAUAUUAUCAGCAUGGUUUAAUAUGGAUCAAUGUUGUUUUCACCUUAAUUGUUCCUGUGCUUGUUAUGUAUGUGUUGCUGAAAUGUCCCCUUUUGUUGGACAUUAUUCGGUCAACUCACCGCACUCGCACUUUGUUUCGGCCUUGUAAACGUUUGUUUGAUUCCCAUGCUUGAUGCCAUGUUUGAAUAUGUGCAAAAUAGUUGCCUAUAAACUUCUCUUGUCUCAUUGCUUUAAUGAAUAAAAA